UCUAGUGCUGUGUUUGUGUGGUUGUCGAUAGACGUUUGGGAGUUGUGAAGCAAUCCGUGGGUUAUUCCCAGAUUGUGAAGGUGUCAUUAGAUUGGAAGAGUCAUUCAGAGUUGAAUAUGCCAUUAGGAAGGUCCAUGAAAACCAAGUGGGACAGAAAUUAAAUGGUGGACAUCACCUUCUGGUAUAUGCUGAUGUAAUCUAUUGGGACAUAGUAUAAAUACCAUAAAGAGAAGCAAAAUCUCCAACUGACACUAGUAAGAAGGAUGAUCACACAGUAGACAGAGAAAAAUAAACUCGUCAGGAUGGGAAAGUCGUCUCUUGGGAAACGCAAGACAUCUGUUCUUCCUAUUCGACUGUCAUCUUUAGGAAACAUGGAAAUUCCUGAAGGAGGCAACACUCAACGAGGUCGAAGUUCUGUAAAGAAAUCACUUAUACCAAGAUCAUCAAGGAACAGAACACGAUCAUCCUCUCCAGGCAAGGAUGCUGUCAAACAUGCCUCAUCUGCAACUUCCUUGAAGCGUAGCCGGAGUAAUACAAAUCUGCAAUACUUAGGAAUAGGAACCCCCAUGACUCCAAUGUACUUGUUUGGCGGUAUUCCUGGAACUGCUCAGUCAUCUAGAAGUUCCACAUUUGGUUCAGGUGUCUGUGGACAAUCUUCCAAGCCAGUAUUAAAAGACCGAAGGCCCUUAUCUGACAAACAGUUCCAAAAUGCAGCACUGCAGAAGAUCCAGAGUUACUUCCAUCAGGUGCCUAACAUGGAGUUGAGGCUGAGCAUUUUAAAAGCCUUAAAUACACGUUCCCUAACACUAAAAUUGUUUGUGGAGAUGGUGUCUCAUUUGCUGUUACAUUUCUUCAGAAAGAAUAUUAUAAAUAUGAGUAACUAUGCAGAUGAAAUACCCCACCUGGCUAAGAGGCUUGGAUAUCCAGGCAGUGUCAAGAAAUCCUGGCUAAUUACAGCAAACUCAUCUCACUCAUGGCCAAAUGUCAUUGGUUUUCUCUCCUGGCUGGUAGAUUUGGUUGGAAGUUGCAGCUACGAGAAGCUCAGAACAAUAAUGUUCGCUCCUGAAGAUGGUGAAGACAUACCUGAAAACAUUCUUGAUGCACAGACAAUGUUCUCCUACUAUAUCAAGUGUCAUGACCUCUUUAACAAGGGGGCAAGUCAGGAAAAUAUGGCCACUGAAGACAGUCAGCUAAUCCAGGAGAUGGUGAAGAAACUUAGUAUCAGUGAUAAAGAUUUUGAAUGCAUUACAAAGGAAAUUGAAAACAUGAAAGGACAACUGGAGGAUCCAGAAGAAGUAGCUGCGCAAAGAGAAAUGAGAGAAUUAGAAACCAUAGCUGCAAGUUUACAGAAUGAUGUAAAGAAACAACAGGAUUGUGUUCAGAAAAAGGAUGCUUAUAGGAACGAAUUACAGGACAAUAUUGCAAAGCUGUCAUCUAACAAUGACAUGCUGAAAGCACACACUGAGAAAGUACGUGCAGACAUUUUGAGAAUGUUGCAUAUUGUGGAUAGUCAGAGCAUAACUGUUGAGGACAAGAAACAAAUUGAAACUGAGUGCAGACAGCUGGAGGAAACCAUACAGAUGAACCAGGCUUGCUGUGAUGCCUGGUCAAAGACCAUGUAUGCGGAUGAUCUGAAGAUAGCAAAAGUGAAAAAUGAGUUGAAAAGCAGGUGUAUUGCAUAUAACACUUCCAUCAUGGAAUACAGUAAUGCUCUUUCAGGUUUAGACUGCUUCAAAAUGCAGAUGACCUUUCUGCACAGAGAUGCUGAUCUCUUCAUGCAGAAAAUCAUUAAUCAGAUGGAGAGCUUUAGGACAGACUUGAAGACGAAGUUGAAUGAAAUGGAAGCUCAGUUAGAGGAACAGGAAGAAUCAGCCACAGAAAUGAAUGAAUGCAAGUUUGCAGCUACUGAAGAGUACAAGAAUUAUAUGCGAAUUGUAGAGGAUUUGAAGACAGAGAUGAUUAACAUGAAGGAGAAAGUGAAGCAGGAAGAACAAAUACUGAAGUGCAACCUGAAGAAGGGGCAGGAAGAGUGUGCAAGACUUGUUACGAUGAUUCCAUUGAUUCAAGAAGAAGAAAAGAAAUGGGAAGAUGGGAAAGAGAAAGUUAGAUUGGUUGAAGCUCAUAUUUUGGAUGCCGGUGAACGAGCCAAGACCUUCUUUGUGGAGUAUGAUGCCAUGUACGAGGAUGUCAUUCAAAAGUUGAAAGAUCAAAUGAGCCGUCUCAUAGAAACUUUGGAACAUGAACCCAGUGAAUGAGCAAAUACAGUUACAAAGGUUUUUUGGCAGUGACUAUGAAGAAUAUUAUAUUCUGGAAUGUGACACCCAGUGAUCUGAUAGAAGUAUGCUGAGGCAUCAGCAGGAAACUUGUGCUGGUAGAUAGCAUACUUCAAAGUUUGAACAUUAUGUCCCCUCCUCCCCCUUUGUGGGUUCUACUUUUUGACAUCAUAUUGUAAUGUGUCAUUGCUUCUUGAUAAUUCUUUUGAACACUCACCUGAAUGUUUAGUCAAAUUACUUCUUAUAAAGAUAUUCUGCUGAAUUCACCAAUGUGAUGUAUACAUUAAGAUGUUAUCUCUUUCUGGAAACUUGGUAGAUAUUUCACAGACUGGUGAAUUUCUGUUCAAUAUAUUUUAUAUUAUUAAUCCCUUAUCACUUAAAAUAACUCAUGUGAAUGGUAUAUUAUAUUAAAACAAGAAGUUCUGGAAAGAAUUCGAUGGUUUAAUCCAUGUGGUGAGAGUAGCAGGAACUGUAAAUUAGUAAUUUCAAAUUGUAAUGAUCCAUUUCUGUGCAUAAGUCCAUCUGCUCUAUAAAUCAUACCUUGUGUAACAAUAAUACAGAAGAGAAGUCGUGCGUGAUGUAUGUUGAAAAAUAGAAUCUAGUAACAGUUUGCAUUAGUAACUGACAUGGUGUGCCCUUGUUCCCAUAGCAGCUGGAGUAUAGUACAGAAUCUGUGUUAAAUUUAGCAGCUGUAACCUCAAGUUUCACACAGUCAGCAUAUUUAUAAUUAUUAACCAUUCAGUGCUGUCCUCAGUGUGGCGUACGAUUUCUUAGUGCCUCACAUGCUGACGGCCUCUGUACUCUGUACUUACCUGUGUAGCGGUUCUUUAAAUUCGCUGUCCCACUGGGAGUUUUGUAGAUAUCACAAUCCCAUCACUUUAUGCUCAAAGGAAGGACAUGAUGCUUUCAGCUCAUGUACAAUUAUACAUUGAUCUCUAAUUUUUAAUGCCUCUUGAUGCUACUGAGAUAUAGAUAACUUUUCUGAAAAGUAUACCUUGUGAGUUUUUUGUGCAGUGCAGUACGUAGUUUCUUCUGUAGUUUAGUCAUUACACUAAGAGUUCUGAAGUGUUAUGACUUCCUUAGUCAUGUGUAAUGUAAAUGCAUAUGGGAGACACCUGUUAUAAAAUUCAGGGUGAAUGUAAAUUAUUGUAGGGGUUUCUGUGGCUUGUAAUUUUCAAACCAGAAGCAACAGAAUAAAACUACUUAAAGUGUAACAGAAAAGCUUAAUUACCUGUAGAAUCAAUACUGCAGAAUGUACAUCAGAUGUCCAAGCGAUAUUCAAUUUCCCUCAAAGUGUUCUCCAAUAUUUGCAGUGUCAUGGUUUCGAUUGCAGCAACAAUUCUGAGCUUCAGUUCAUUGAGAGAGGUCACAAGGGUUUUGUAAACAAUGUCCUUAAC